AUGAGCAAUCUAGGGCUUCUCAAUUCUUACUUGGGCAUUGAAGUUAUUCAAGAGAAAUGUGAGAUUUCUCUUAAUCAAAGGGCCUAUGUGGUGAAGAUUCUUGAGCAAUUCAACAUGAUGAAUUGCAAUUCUGCUCAUACUCCUAUGGAGGCACGACUGAAGUUUGUAAAGAAUGGACCAUAUUCAACUAUUGACUCCAUGCUCUAUCAAAGCUUGAUUGAGAGUCUCAGGUAUUUAACUCAUACCCACCCUGACCUGGUGUUUAGUGUCGGUUUUCUAAGCAGAUUUAUGGAGCAUCCGACAUCUGAACAUAUGAUGGGAUUGAAGAGAGUCCUAAGGUACAUCACUCGGACCUUGGACUAUGGGUUGGUUUAUGAGAAGGGUCAAGUUGCAGCACAAUUGAUCGGCUACACAAACAGUGAUUAUGCUGGGGAUGUAGAAGAUCAGAAGAGCACUAUGGGCUAUGUGUUCUUUUAUGGUUCCAUGGCAAUCAGCUGGACAUCACAAAAGCAAAAGAUCUAG